AUGCCAAAGGACAAAUAUGAGCCACCCAAUGAAAGAAGACAGCACAGGAUCAUGCAGAGAAAUGAGGUAGCAGAGGGCAAGCAGUCAAGAUGGUCUGAACUAGAAAUAUUUGGUUUUGUUCAAAAUUUAAGUGGUAAUCUCUGGAAAGUAGAAUGGCUGACAGUGUUGUACCUAGACAACAAUCAUUUGAGCCAUUUACCAGCACAAAUUGGCAGCCUAGUUCACCUGGAACAUUUGGAUGCCUCUCACAAUUUUAUCACAGUCCUGCCCCCAGAGAUAGGGGAGCUGGUCAACCUGAGGGAGCUCAAGCUUGCUUCCAACAGACUCAGAGAUCUGCCCUAUGAGCUGGGCAAGUGUUUCCAGAUCCAGACUCUGGAUCUAUCUAACAAUCCUUUAAGUUUUGAUGUCAGUAAAUAUUACACAGAAAGCUCUGCCAAGCUUUUAUCAGCUUUAAUGGAUUCAUUACAUUGGCUAGAGGUCAUCAUUGAGCUAAGGAGAGCAAGGUUGAGACUAGGAGCUUUGGCUAUGUUGGUUUGA